AUGCCAACCAGAGCUCCCAUUACCAGGAUCCUACCGACAACCGGCCGACCAGGGUCGAAGUCUAAAGUGGUUGCUGUUCCUGCAGAAAAGAUCCCGGACUACGAGUCCAACAUCCCUGAACCCACAUGCAGAGCUGAGCUUCUGAAAUACUGGUUUGACCUUUCCCUGGAUGACAAAACAGCCAAUAAGAUGCUGUGGGUCACUGAGGGUGGAGCUAAGGUGGCACGUAUGACUGAUGAUGUAACUUGUCCCGUCCUGGACAGACCAGAGAGAUACGAACACGCACCACAGGUUCUUUGCAAGGAAGGGAUCUUGGGUUUCCGAGGCUACUGGGAGGUGGACUACUCGGGAUGGGUGGUCAUCGGACUCGCCUAUGAAACAGCAGGGAGGAGGGUGAUCGAUGGACCCUGUGGCCUGGGAGAGAAUGAGGAGUCUUGGGGUCUUGGGUGGGGCGGAUCCCACUACCAGAUCUGGUUCAAUGGCAUCAGCAAUGAGAUCCGGGAUAUUCCCCAAUGUGCUAGAAUUGGGGUUUACCUGGACCAUCCCGCCGGUGCCAUUAACUUCUACGCUGUUGAAGAGAUGAUAGAGGGAGAAGAGAGCAAACGCAAAAGGGAGGUGCGCCUUUUGCAUAAAAUUAAGCGCUCCUUUAAAGAAAAAGUGAUGCCAGGUUUUUGGGUGGGACAGAAGUCGUCAUGUGUGAUAGUUCAGAAAGAGGAGUAA